AUGCAUGAAUUGGAUGAGAUUUUUAAUGCCCCAAGUGAUGAUGAAGAUUUUCUUGGUUUUGAACCCGAUGUUCCCAUGGAAACGCUGUCACUGGAGGAUAGUUUUGAAAGUAUUGAUUCAUUGGAGUCAAGAAAAAAGGAUGUUUAUUUGCAGUCCAAGUACCUGACUGAGGAGCUGAGAAACAUUUUCACUGAAGACACAGAUUCAGAAAAUGAAGUGUUUGAAGGUUUUUCUUCAAAUGAGCCAGAAGAACAUGGGACGAAGGAUGUGGUGGAUUCUGAUCUGAACAAUGAGAAUGACAAUUUCUCUGUGAGAGCAACUGAGGAGAAGGAAGAGACGAGGGCUUCCUCUAAGAGAAGGAGCUUUGGCUUUCGUGUGGCAUUGCAGUUUCCAACUAAGAAGUCUGCUGAGAAGAGGGUACCUGACAAGGUUGACUCAAAGUUCUGCUUGAAGGACAGUAAACAUCCCCACACUCUCGCAAGAACAAAAAAUAAUAAAACCUGGAAAAAACUAGGCCAGGAGAUCUCCUCAGAAUCUGAAGAAGAUGCUAAAGAGGCAUCAAAAGAUACUUCUAGUGCACUGCUUAAAAGAGCUAUGAACAUCAAAGAAAAUAAAGCCAUGCUUGCUCAGUUAUUAGCAGAACUGAAUUCUAUACCUGAUCUAUUUCCAGUGAAAACACCAUCGUCAACUCCUUCUAAACAGAAGAAAACGCCAAAGAGAAUGUUUUCAGAAGGCCAGAUAGAGCGUCGUACUAACCCAACCAGGAAUGCUCGUCCACCGGAGAACUUUGCCUUGGAAAACGUUACUUUUUCUGCUGUCAGAUUUGCUGAACAGCUGAACAAUUACAGACGACGGAACAGUUUACAGAAAAGACUAAAAGAGGGAAGUGUGAAGGUGCCCAAAAGAAGACGAUCAUCAAAAUACUGUUCAUUCCGACUAGUUGAAGAUAUUACUGAUGAGGAUUUGGAAAACAUUGCAAUAACAGUUAAAGAUAAAAUCUAUGAUAAGGUCCUGGGAAGUACGUGCCAUCAGUGUCGACAGAAGACAAUAGAUACAAAGACAGUUUGUCGUAAUGAAGGCUGUGGAGGUGUGAGGGGACAGUUCUGUGGGCCGUGCCUCCGCAAUCGCUAUGGAGAAGAUGUAAAAUCUGCACUUCUAGACCCAGAUUGGGUCUGUCCUCCUUGCCGAGGGAUCUGCAAUUGCAGCUACUGUCGCAAACGUGAUGGCCGUUGCGCUACAGGGAUGCUCAUCCAUUUGGCAAAAUUCUAUGGUUAUGACAAUGUGAAAGAAUAUUUGGAAAGCUUGCAAAAGCAACUUGCAGAGGACGACUGAAGAUACUGGAAGCAGCUGUGCAACAUUCAUAAUUUGUCGACUAUUUUUUUACUGUUUUAAAUCAGAGUUGGAGAUUUUAAAAUUUUAUUACAAUAAUGUUUGUAAAAUAUAGAAAUGUAGAUAGAAGCGAUUUGGUUGCUUUUAAAAAAAUUGAUGCUGAAUGUAUUACAAGGAU